AAUUCUGACCCUUCUCCUGGCGUUUUACAACGCGAAACCACAAAGCAAUUGAGGAAUCGGUGCACGGCACGUGGAUGAAAACGCUUCCCGGAGCAGCCAGUCCUGUGCAUCGCCUAAACCCUCCCUGAACUUUCCAGCGAAUACAGCAGCCUGGCAGCCCGGCUUCCCGCUGGGUGGAUCCUGCAACUCCAGCAGGGAAUGGCACUUCUUGUUUUUAAUUAGCAAAGGUGAAAGGUGAAUCAAAGCUAGCUUUUGGCAAGUCAGAGCAAGGGGCUGAGUUCUGAGGAGCACCAAGGAGGAGGGUGCUUUCUCCUUUUUUCCGUGGUAGAUUUUUUUUUUUUUUUCCCUCCCUCCUUCUCUGAAUGAAUUGCCUUGCAGGAGGGACUGAAAAUACAGCUUCUUCCUGAAUCCACUGGCAGAGUUACUAAAGACAGCUCAAGACACAACACUGCAGAGUAACGCCUUGGAAUGUCCUUGCACUUUCUAAACAAUUGUCCUAGGGAGGGAAUAUUUUUACAUGACAUUUGCGCAGCUGAGGCUGUGUGCUGCUCUGAUGAACGCUGAAUUUCCCACAGAGACACCCCCCAAAGUGACCAAAGAGAGAGACCUCACUGCACUGGCAAAGUGGAAGCUGGAGCCUUAAAAGCACCCCAGCAAAACAACAAACAAACAGCAGCAGUUCAGUGAAGAGAGCGAGAAAUUGAUCUUGGGCAGGAUGGCAUCUGCUCAGGACCUUCUAAUCCUGGCGCUCUAUGGCUUGUUGCUAGAGCCACCGGCUGGAUGUCGCGCAGCAGAUACGAGGCAACCAAGGUUACGUCUGUCACACAAAGAGCUCUGGGAUUUAAACAGGACGUCAGUCUUUCGUAGCCCAUUUGGAUAUCUUGGACUUCACAUCAUGCUGCUGGAUGAGUAUCAAGAGCGACUGUUCGUGGGAGGAAGAGACCUCUUGUAUUCCCUCAGUUUGGAUCGAAUCAGCGACAACUACCGAGAGAUCCACUGGCCUAGUACACCUCUGCAGGCAGAAGAAUGCAUAAUUAAAGGAAGAGAUGCUGAUGAAUGUGCAAACUACAUCCGUGUCCUUCACCGAUACAACAGGACUCAUCUUCUGGCUUGUGGAACAGGAGCUUUUGAUCCACUCUGUACUUUUAUAAGAGCUGGACAUCCAUCAGAGGAUCAUCUGUUUCAACUGGAAUCACACAAAUUUGAGAGAGGACGAGGCAGGUGCCCUUUUGACCCCAGUUCUUCCUUCACCUCCAUCUUAAUUGGUGGUGAACUUUUUACUGGUCUCUACAGCGACUACUGGGGAAGAGACGCUGCUGUGUUCCGCUCCAUGAACCGCCCGGCGCAUCUCCGCACCGAGCCCGACAAUGAGCGCCUGCUGAAAGAACCAAAAUUCGUUGGCUCAUACAUGAUUCCUGAUAAUGAAGACCACGAGGAUAACAAAGUAUACUUCUUCUUUACUGAAAAAGCUUUGGAAGCUGAGACAAGCACUCAUGCCAUAUAUACCAGAGUGGGACGUGUAUGUGCGAAUGACAUGGGAGGCCAGCGAAUGCUUGUCAAUAAAUGGACCACUUUCCUCAAAACCAGACUAGUUUGUUCUGUGCCUGGGAGAAAUGGAAUCGAUACACAUUUUGAUGAAUUAGAGGAUGUGUUUCUGCUGCAAACUCGUGAUAACAAAAAUCCAGUGAUAUUUGGCCUCUUCAACACAACAAGCAAUAUAUUCAGAGGAUAUGCUAUAUGUGUUUACCAUAUGGCAAGUGUCCGAGCAGCUUUCAAUGGACCAUAUGCUCAUAAAGAAGGACCUGAAUACCACUGGGCUCUCUAUGAAAGAAAAGUACCUUAUCCCAGACCUGGUUCAUGUGCCAGCAAGGUGAACGGUGGGCUGUACACUACCACUAAAGACUAUCCUGAUGAAGCUGUCCAUUUUGCCAGGAGUCAUCCACUGAUGUAUCAGCCCAUCAGGCCUGUUCAUAAGAGACCAAUACUAGUUAAAACAGAUGGAAAGUACAAUCUUAAACAAAUAGCAGUGGACAGAGUGGAGGCUGAAGAUGGACAAUAUGAUGUUUUGUUCAUUGGCACAGAUAAUGGCAUUGUGCUGAAAGUCAUAACAAUUUACAAUCAAGAGACAGAAUCAAUGGAAGAAGUGAUUCUUGAAGAGCUGCAAGUAUUCAAGAUGCCAGUUCCUAUUAUUUCUAUGGAAAUCUCUUCAAAAAGGCAACAGCUCUACGUGGGAUCCGAGGAGGUCAUAGCCCAGGUGAAGUUCCACCAGUGUGACAUGUACGGCACAGCCUGCGCCGACUGCUGCCUGGCUCGGGAUCCCUACUGCGCCUGGGACGGCGUCUCCUGCUCCCGGUACUACCCCACGGCCGUGCAGGCAAAGAGACGUUUCCGCAGACAAGACGUCCGGCACGGGAACGCAGCGCAGCAGUGCUUUGGCCAGCAGUUCAUUGGUGAAGUUCUGGAGAAGACUGAGGAGAGACUUGUUUAUGGAGUAGAGUACAACAGCACCCUUCUGGAAUGCACCCCUCGGACCUUACAAGCAAAAGUAAUCUGGUUUGUCCAGCGAGCACAUGAAAAUAAGAAGGAAGAGGUGAAGACCGAUGAUAGAAUAAUAAAAAUGGACCUUGGCCUUUUAUUCCUGAAGCUACAUCGACUGGAUGCAGGGACUUAUUUUUGCCAGACAGUAGAACACAGCAUUGUUCACACUGUCAGGAAAAUCACCCUGGAAAUAGUCGAGGAAGAACGUGUAGACGAAAUGUUCAAUAAAGACUAUGAGGAGGAGAUCCCUCACAAAAUGCCAUGCCCAAUGCAGAGCAGUAUACCUCAGGCUUCAAAGCCAUGGUAUAAAGAAUUUCUUCAACUGAUAGGUUACAGCAACUUCCAGAGGGUGGAAGAAUACUGUGAAAAAGUGUGGUGUACAGAUAAGAAGAGAAAAAAGCUGAAAAUGUCUCCAUCCAAGUGGAAAUAUGCCAGCCCUCAGGAGAAGAAGCCGAGGAUCAGGCCAGAGCAUUACCGGUUGCCCAGGAACAUAGCUGACUCUUGAUGGACAAAAUCCAUCCACUGUUUCUGAGCAAAAUUUUAUUUGGACUUAAGAGGGAGAAAUCAGUCUUGAUUUGAGUAAAUUUCACAGCUUUAUAUAUGUAAAAUAUUGGGACUGAAAACAAAAAUGUUAUGGUAAGUUAUAUUGUACACUCAUGAUGACUGUUUAGAAGCAUUUUAAACAAAAUCUUCUCAACUAUCUGGUUCUAAGUAAGUAAAUGCAAUCGGUUUUGCAUUAGGGAGGACGUGACAAUCUUCAGGUUUUGAGUGCUUGAAUCAGUUUCCCAUGUGGAUCGUGCUUGCGCUGUAUAUUGUUGCACAUGAUGGCAUAUUUAACAAAUUCAAAUAGCUAAAACAUUCACAAGUGGAUGAAAAGUAUAAGAGAUAUCUUUUCUUUGUUUCACAAAUUUCUCAUGCUUCUGAAAGCAGCACGUCUUAAGAUCUUAUUCCAUUUGAUUGUGACCUGUCUGAGUUCAUCACUGAGAACAAUGAGUUGUGUUAAUACAGUGUACUUCUACUUCUAAAGAUAAUGAAGGGAAAUCCUAUUUUCUUCCCCCUUUUUUUUUCAGUAUCAGCCAUUUAUGAAGCACAGUGUGCUCCCACAGCUAAAUAAUAUUGCCUAGUAACUUCAUGUAAGCCACAUGCAUGCUGAGAACACAGACAGAAUGAAAUUCAUCAAUUUAUCUAUAAGAAGUUGAAAUUAUGGUUUAGAUAGAAAACGAUUCCAUCCUGUGUCUGCACAUUGCCUUAGUGGUGACACGAAUUAAGGGAUCGCCCUCUUGUGGCAAGAAAAAAGCGAAACCAAAUAUUUAAAUUACUUUUCUGAAGAAAUAUAUAUAAGAAAAGUAUAACUGAGAUCCCCAGCUGGUUUCCUUUCAGCAGACACUUUUAGUCUCCAUGUGCUAAAGCUGCAGAUUUAGAAGGCAGUGUUGCAGGUAACUUAUACUGGGAAGGUAGCAUUUCAAAGAAGUGAUGCUUUAUGUUGUUAAUGUGCUUUUGGGGUAAAAUGCAGUCAUUAAAAGUUAGGACGCAAAUUAAAAACAAAACCAAAAUUAUGCAGCUGUGUUUCUAUAGUUUCAGGAUGUGGUUCACAUAAACCUUUUUCUGAUGUGUGAUCUCUGUUCGAAAGGGCUGCUUUGCUCCUUUUGUGAGUGAUAACAGGAAAGGAGAUCAAAAGGGCUAAGUUGCUUACAAUCUAGGUCUUUCAAGACUGACUUAAAAAAAGGUAUAUGUAUAUAUAUAUAUGUAUAUGCACACACACACACACACACACACACACACACACACAUAUAUAUAUAUAUAUAAGAAAAGCUUGUUUUAAGAAACCAGAUUCAGAAAAUGCAGAAAACCUAGCAUUUCAAUACCUGAGAAAUUUAAUAUUGCAAUAUGAAUUGGAUUUGGGAUUUUUUAAAUUGAAAAUAAAAUAAAAAAGGAAACUUAAACACAAGCAUAAAUACAAGUUAAAUGUAAACACAAGAAGUCACAAACAAGUUAACGCCUAAAAUAAGAACAUGAUGCCAAUAGGGGAAAUCCCAAACUGAUCCAAAUUUUUAUGCCAUGAAAAAAAUAUAUAAGGGAUUCACCAGCUACAAAGAGUUUAAUGUUGAGCUUCAACUUCUAGCUCUGGAAUAGUGGGAAUUGACAGCCUGUGUAACAGAGGUUUGUGGUUUGCUGUGUUACCAAAGGCAGCAAUCAGUGCUAACCCAGUGUUUUCCAAACAGGUUUUUUGUGAGAGGAGCUCACAGCUGCUGACAGGAGCAGUGAGCUUUGCUGUGCUCCUCCGGGAGCAGAGCCUGACCCCGUGUUUGGAAGGAGAACAUGGCACACUGUCAGCAACCAGAGUGUGAGGAAAUCAGGGUUUCACCUGGUGUGGCUAUAGCAGCCGAUGAUCUUCAUCAGCCUGUUGGGGGAAUCAGUGCAUCUGAGGGUUUGCACUUGGUUUAGCUACAAUAUCUCCAAGAGAUGGGACCAGGCACUCUGCAGAUCCUUGCAUGAAUUCAUGAGUUGCUUGCUUUGGUCUGAGACAGGAGACUGGAUGAACUCAUGUUUCUAGGACAGUUUAAUGGAACUCAGUUGCAUGUAGGAUCUCCUAUUUGUUUACAGUACGGAAAGCACCAGCACUGCGAGUUGUGGCAGAGAACACACACAGAACAAACAGAUCUGAACUUAAUCCCCUGUACACAUUGACACCGUUGGUGAAAAACUUCUAAAACACUACUAAAAUAAUUUUCUGAUGAUUUAUGGAGUGUCCUUCUUUUUUAACCACCAUUGGGGUUUUUUUUUUUUUUUUUGAUUAAUUUGCAAGUAUCUAGUGCUAGAAGUGUAAUUAAUGAAUUAUUAGAAGGGAAUUAUAGCAUCUCAGCCUCAUGGAACAAAUAUAACUUUGUGCUUCAUUCUCUGAGAUUUCAGGUGGAAAUCAUGUUAUACAGAAAUCAGGAUUCUUGAUUUAAUAUGAGAGUGUGUAUUUUUAGCUACCCAUCCCUUUAGUGUUUAAAUGUGGAGAAUUACAUUACCUCUUUAUUUGGCUUUUAAAACUUAAAUUUUUAGCUUACACCUUGCUCCUUUCAUGGUUGAAAUGCCUGUGAGAAUUCAGAACUACAAGGUCUUGUUCAAAGAGUGCUCUGACAUCUGUGGAAGAAGAGAAAGAGUGACAGUGUAUUUCGGAAGGGUAUGCACAAAUGUGCAUUUAGCACAACAUUAUUUAAAAUGCUUCUUUGUAUAUUUGGGGGCCAUUGUCUGCUUCUUAUCAUUAUGAGUUUGAUGUAUUUUGUAUGUGCAUGAAGUGGUCAAAUUAUAAAUAUAAUUAAGAACCAUAUUUGGC